UCACUCAUCCAUUUAGAAGUGACACACUUUGUAGGCUUCUAGAGGGUGGGCCUUGGCAAAUGGUAAGGUUGCUCCAUUACAACCUAGUGGUCUCAAUUAGAGUUGGGAAAGAGCCUCUCUAUGAAGGGGGAUAAGACUGCGUACAUUAUGACCCUCCCCAGACACCACAGUGUGGGGAACCUCAUGCACUGGGUACGCCUUUUUUUAUACUUUGUAAACUUCUAAGUUUUAACGGUCAAUUGUAGCAUUGUCGCCAUGGCUAGGACUAAUUGAUUGACUUGACCAGCCAAGUGACCAAAUCUAUACUGACUCUGGAGAGAAAGUUGGAUCAUUUAUACCAGAAAGUUGAUUUAUUAUUUUACUUGGUUGACUAAUUGCUUGUAGGUCUUGAUGGUUUGUCAACUAUUUGUCUAGUAUUUUAGAGAAAGACUAAAAGAGUAUAAUCCAGUUUAUUUAAGUCCUUAGAAAUGCAUACAGCAUCAAUCCAGAUACUUCAAAAGUUCAGUUAUUAACCCAAAUAGGCUUUGACAUGGAAGAAUACAUGUGUCUUCACUUCGCUAUGUUCAGAAACUAUGAAUCUUAAAAUUCCUACCUCCAUUACUAGAUGGACCCUUCUAGGACACCCAUUAUCUCCUUCAGCAAUCCCAAUUUCUUUUGUGCCCCCCUCUUCUUUCUUUCUUUCUUUUUUUGAUAAAUUGUGAGUUAUGAUAACAAGGGAUUGCUUCUGAACAUCUUUUCUAGGAUGCUUGUUCUUAGAUACACUAUCAAGGUGGAGGCACUUUCCUUAUUGUAGGAUCUGAGUCUGGCUUUUUUAUUUAGGUCUAUUGAGAUUGUAUGGGGGGAACAUGGAGGAUAUUUCCUCAGCAUGCAGCUAUAAUCCUAUAAAUUUCUUUUCAGGGGUGAAUCUAUGGAAAAGGGGUUUCCAUCCUCCUCCUGUUUAUGUCUAGGCUUGUGAAAAGAGAUGGAUCAUAUAUAUGUUUCUUUUGAUGGAUGGAUAAUACUUAUUUUGACAAUCACAUGCCAAUGUUCUUUAAUUUUGACAUUGUUAGUGAGCCUUGGCAGUAGGGGUUGCUGUAUGAUUUAUCCAUAGAAGACAUCAUUUUGAAGAAUGUGUCACUGUACCGUCAUGAAUGAUACCUUGCUAAGCUUUAGGAUAUUCAUGCAUGUGUUUGUCCACCAAACCAGAGUUAUUUUGUUGGUUUAGAUGGACAAAUUUAGACACAUACUUUAUUGUAUCUGUACCUGAUGUGGAUUGACACAUCUAAUAUUUUGUGAGCCCUACAUAUGGGCAAAAUUUGGUCAUCUCUUUCUGGGAAAUGUUGACAUGUUUGCAUCCUCCAGCAAAUACUUCAAGCAGUAAAUACUAUACAUGAAGAACGCAUUGUGCACUCAGACUUGAAGCCAGCUAACUUCCUUCUCGUCAAAGGUUCACUAAAAUUGAUUGAUUUUGGAAUUGCUAAAGCCAUUAUGAGUGAUACAACCAACAUCCAACGUGAUUCACAGGUGGGUACGCUGAGUUACAUGUCUCCAGAAGCAUUCAUGUGUAAUGAGAAUGAUGCAAAUGGAAACACAAUCAAGUGUGGUCGACCAUCAGAUAUCUGGUCCCUCGGCUGCAUUUUGUAUCAAAUGGUAUAUGGGAAGACUCCGUUUGCAGAAUACAAAACAUUCUGGGCUAAGUUCAAGGUUAUAACUGAUCAAAACCAUGAGAUUACUUAUGGGUCAGUUUCAAAUCCCUGGUUGCUUGACCUAAUGAAGAAGUGUCUUGCGUGGGAUCGCAAUGAAAGGUGGCGGAUACCCCAACUACUUCAACACCCCUUCCUCGUUCCUCCUGUAUCAUCCAAGUUACCAUUGGAACAAUAUCAAAGCUGUAAAUUGCUUCAGCUAAUGGCUGAAGCCUUUAUGAAUGAUAAUGAAAUGUCCAGCCUAUUUUCUCAGCUCCAACAAAUCCUAACAGAUCCAGCUCCUCUAUUGACAUCUCAGUUGUCCACAUGUCAAGACCAACACUCUGAGUUUCUCUCAGAAAUGUCUAGGCUCUGCAAUCAACUCCGGCAACACAUAGCUAGCCUUGGAAAAGAGUAGAGAUUAAAGAAUGUACUCUCAACCUGCUAAUGUGUAAAUUUGUAUGUUUUUUUUUUGUAAGGGAGAAGAGGUUAUUGUUUUGCAAUGUAUAGUCUCUUGUAAUCAUUAGUGCUGUUUCAUGUUAGGGUUUGUCUAGUUGUAACCUAGGUAGGUUACAAAAGGCUUGUAACCCACUUCUACUUACCAAAAAGUCCUGUAAUGUGAAAGAAAUGAUUGGUUCAA